CGCUCGUUUUCCAUCUUCUCGAUCAAGCCUUUCCCGGAUUGAUGGUGGAACCGUUCGCAGGGCCGCCACCAAAAUGUACUUGCGUCUUCGUGCAAACCAAGACGGGGAGAGCCUGGCCGCGUACCUGCACCGCGACAACGCCCCAUCAGUCCGCGAAUUGGACCUUACGGAUUGCGUUUUGCUCGUACGCGGAGAGUGGCCAGCGCUCAUCGUUCAGUGCAGCUAUCUCACAACCCUGCGCUGCCUGGGCUGCGGUUUCCAGCCGACCGACAUCAUCACGUUGCUGUGGCGGCUUCGGCACCUCGUCGUAGUCGAGUUUUCCCUCCUUUUGGAGACGGACGCGCAGUCGGAGCUUCAACGCAUGGCCCACGCCGUGGUGCAGUACGGCAGCGACGCAAAGGCACCCAGCCUUCGCCGCAUGUACGUCGAAGUGGGCUACGUUCACGCUAUAUUUUUGCCGGUCCUUCUGCGUUCCUGCCCUUAUUUGCACAAUCUACAAGUUCAUUUUUCGGGUGGCAUUUUCUGGUAUGCUUUCCGGCUGCUCCACGACGCCAUCGUCUCGGAUGACUCCGUGGAAAUAAUCACGUUCACCGCUGAGCUGUCAGCGCCUGUUCAACUAGAUCCUCGGGCACCGUUAGACUUGACCAGUUGUGCCGCCAUCUGCUCCAACGUCACCCACUCGAAGUCGACCGGCUCGUUUAGUGUCGUCCGGCUGGCCGACCUGGCGGACGACGUAGUCCAGGGUCGGCCGCCCCGAAUUCUGCCCGUGCAGAUGAUUCUGGUCGCCGUUCAUCACGAAGGGGACAUCACCGAGAAAUGGAUUCGCAUGGCUAGUCAGGGGCAUGAUUGGGCACACGUUCGCCAACUCUGUCUGCUGCUUCUGGCGCCAGAUCCUGCUUGCAUCCAGCAUCCGAUGGCCAGCAUCACGUACCGCAACGUCCUUUUUCAGUUCUUCUCCACGGCGCUGUCAAAUAUCGUCGAGUUGAACUUAAGUUUGUUCCAUUUCGGCCCCGACCUCGACUUCGGUUGGAUCCUUCGGGAGGUGUUCCUGGUGAACCUUAAAUCGCUCUCUGCGUCGCUCUGCGGGCUUCGGAGCGCUUCAACCCUGGACUAUCUUUCGCACAGAUGUCCCUUUUUGGAUGAUCUCGACGUGCGUGUUCUGGGAACGUGCGGUGACGCUGCCGUCCCCUGUGCCUGUUGCGACACUCAUUGGCGCCGCUACAUCGACGGAGUGCGAGGUGACGAAUGGGGCCCCUUGUUUUACAGAAGGCUCCGCAGGCUGACCUUGGCUGACAUUGCCGAUCCUGUGUGGCUAUUGUGGUUCGUCGACAGCUGCGGCCCGACGGAUACUGUGAGGAUCUGCAAUACUCCCCGGAUGCCAGACUACGUGAUACUUACCCGAGCACUGGCCAGGAAAAGCAUGCCUACGUCCCUCGUUCUUAGACACGACCACCUGAGGUUCGACGACCCGUCUUUGCUGCACGGCCUUCGGAGCAUAGUCAGCCUCCAGUACUUGUACCUCAUCUCGGCGGUGUACCUUCCGCUGGACGUAGUAUUGCAGUGCGUUCGUGGGCUGUCCGCUGGCCUGCCUCACCUUCUGUGCGUACACGUCCACUGGCGAGGCACCCUCGGCGACACCGACGUCAGACGCGUCACGUGGAUGCGGCUACCUGACCCCCGUGACCGCCAAGGCGUCUUACAAGUUGACGGUCCCUGCUUUCAGUCCUGCUCGACGGCUACCUUCAUAGGACUCGCCAAGCCGCUGUACCAUGAAGUGCAGCCGAUGGUGUAGAUUAAGAUUCCCCC